UAAGACUUCCUGUUUGAGAAUUCUGUUUUGGGUACAUAUCAUGAACUGUAAUAUGGUAACACAAGAGAUUAUGGAACGUGAAAUUGCUAGGAGUUCUAUUUUCAGGUAUUCGUAUGAGCACAUCUUACAGAAUAAUUUCACCAUAUACAUGACAUCGGAUUCUCAGUUUUGAAUGCACUAUGGAGGAAUUCAGAGAGAAAGUAACGAACGUGAUAGAAAACCUAACAAGAAAAGAUCAAAGGCACAUAGACGUACACAGAAACACGGUGGACAAUGGAAUUAAUCAGAUCAAAUUACGUGUGGAAACAAUUAGAACUGGUGCUAUUCAGCUAUCAAUAAUGGAAGGUAAAGAUUGGGAGAAAGGAGAAGUUAUUGUACAAGACACUACUGUCUGUUUGGAACUUUUGCUGGAAAUAUUAAAACGUACACAAGAUGCACCUGUUAUUAGAUUUAGACAAUGUAAAGAAGUAUUUCCUCUGAUCUUUGCCAUUAUCAAAGAUACCAGUGUAAUAGUUUGCCACAUUUGUCAGCAGAUUACCCACAGGUUUUCUACUGAACACCAUAAAGAAAUAGACAGCAUUGUCCAAAUUCCUGAAAUUGUAGAUGAAAUAUUAUCUUUUCUUACACCUGAUAUUCCAACCGACCUUUCAAACGAAGCCAAAAUUGAUAAUGUUUCAUCUUCCGAUAUUCAAGAAUGUAGAGUUUCCUUGCAUGCGUCAUGUAUAGAAUUUUGUUCAUUUAUCUGCAAAGAAAUGAAACCUGUCUUGAAAUCAAUGAAAAUAAACAACAUCAGAACGUCUGAGAAAUUUAAACCCUUCCUCAUUUGCGAGGUACGGCAGUGCCUCUUUAUCCAGAGAGUCUGCGGGCUAGCACGAGAACUACUGAAAUGUACACCGGCAGACGAAAGGAAUACGGAGAUGGAAAGGUACAAGCAGAUGUUCAAACAAACAAGGAGAAUUCUCAUUCAUGGUCGUAGUAUAAUUCGCAGCUUAAGUGCAUCUGAUGCCUUUUCAUUAAAUUUCAAAGCGGAAAUAAGUCCAGUUUGCCAAGACAUUAAAGAAUGCAAGACACAAAUGAUACGUUAUCGGAAAAGUGGAGAAGGUAGUCUAGAUACAAUUUUGAAAAGCAUCGAAACUGCUUGUUACAAUAUUGGAGAAUGUAUAAAAUUAGGAAAGAAAUGUCUUCCUCCCGGGGAGGAAUUAGUAGAAGAAGAUAUAUCCAUUCUUACUUCUUCGGAUUUUGAAGAAGUCGCUGAUUCGGAUUUUGAAGAGGAAAAGGACUCAGAUUUUGUCGGCACUCUAAAAAAGCUAUCCCCAGAUAAAUACCAAGAAGAUGUUAAGGACAGUGAUUUUGAGAAAAAUGAGAUUAUUCAGGUUUACAAGAUGGAAGAUUUUUCAGCGACAACCAGAGUAUGUUUAGACAACAAAGGGGAGUUUUCCUGGCAGACGGUAAAAGGAAAAGUAAAAGAUUCCAAGUCCGGCAAAUGGACUCAGGCUCAAGAUAUUAAGAUUGAUCACGAGCGUAACAAGGUUACUAUGACUAUUGAACCUGGUGAUAUCUUUGUGGUGCACUAUGAAUUUCCAUCUGGAAAGAAAGAGUUUUCAAAAAAUGAACUAUCCAAAGGCGUUUCAAUGGAAAUUCCAGAAGCAAGCUGCUGUUUCAAAAUCCCUCCAACCGAACAUUCUGACUCACUUACCGUCAAGUACAAGGUACAUAUUACAGACAAAGAGAGAAUAAGAGGUUAUCAGGAGGAGAAACCUGAGGAAUAUGGUCAUAUAACCAUUUCGGAAGGUAUUCAAGUAACAUCUCAAUCUCCAAUCAACAACGGCAUGAUAGAGCUUCCUAAUGAAGAACAGAAUGAAGAGAAAGCAAAAUAUGUCAGGAUAACCUCGGAUUCGGGAUCAUCAAACUGGACACCCGAGAUUGUAGAACCAAGAGCUCACAAGAAAAGUCUUGCUUUUGAGCUAAAACCAAAUUCAACAACACAUGUCGUCAAAAUCACGGAAUCCCAGAUUUCAUCUCGAGAUGACCAACGUCAAAAAGGUUUUCUGGAACAAGCUCUUGAUGACUUUUUAACACUUCUUGGAUUGAAAGCAAAAUGUAAACUCCUGACGAUGUUCAGGAUUCCAGAAGAUGACCCUGAUUUAAUUGAAUUAAGAGCAGAAUGCAUUGAAUCACAGCGAUUCUAUCUGAACAAGAAAUCAAAUGCAAUGCUGGACAAAGGUUGGCUGCAGAUUCAAGAUGGCGACGAGUCUGCAGAUUUUACCAUAAAGUCAGGUGGAAAAGUGAAACUUCUGUUUUCAGAAAAUAUGAAAACAUCAGUCAAGUUGAAUUCAACCCCUCAGAUAGAAUUUCUUAAGAAGAGUACAAGUUUUGUAAAUGUUGAGGUUAGCGAUCCUGGGGUACCAACAGGUCAUUUGGAGUAUUAUGUCGGCAAUAUAUGUGUGGAUUGGAAAAGACUGACGUGGAGUUUUUUAAGACAGAGAUAUGAAGCUGCUUGUGAAAUUGAAGAAAAGGAAAAGCACACAAAUGACGAGAGAAAAAAUUUACAAAGGCAAAGACAACGUGAGAGAGAAAAGAUGGAAUUAAACGCCAUUAGACAUACAGAGCGUGUCGUUAAUGACAUAUACCUUCAACUGACUGAGGACGAAAAACAACGCUUAAGAAAGGAGAUGCAUAUGGAUACCCAGAAAACAGAAGAAAGUUUUUUAGAAAGGAUGGUAGUCCGUAUCAAGGAUCAAAGUAACCCAUUCAAAUAUAUAAACAAUCUUCUGAUGAAACUUGGUAGACUUGAUCUUCACGAAACGCUUAUGGAAAACGCAGUUCUUUGACUAGUGUAAUCAAAAGUCGUUUACCUUUCUUUAACACAAGUUAAAUCCCGCAAAAGUGCAGGAUAUAUCAUUGUUAAC